AUGCAUGCAUGCGAUAGGUGCCAUCGACGCAAAUCAAAAUGCGACAAAGCGCUACCGGUUUGUGGGCCAUGCCAGAAAGCUGGGGUUACCUGCAGGUAUGUCGAUCGGACCAAAGGCCAUCAGCAACUCCUGGAGAAAUUGCAACGUCGCUUGAAACACGUCGAGGCUACGAAUCGCAGCUUAGCGGCGAAGUUAGCUAGCCAUAAUUCUUCAGCCGGUCAAAUUGAGACCAAUGGAGACGGUAACGAGGUGGGAUCAGAGAUACCCGCGCUGAAUGAUGGCCUGGGAGGAGCUACUCCUAGACUGCAUGAAAGAGAAGGAGACGAGAAUGACGUUAUAGAAGAAGUCACAUUUCUGUCCAGUGGAGCAGGAGGUGAGCAGCACUUCCUGGGCUCCGCCAGCGGUGUAUUCCUCGCCAGUCUCGUCAGUGCAACUAUGGUCAGCUCUCAGUCCCAGGGCACACAUGAAAGGGGUUCACGAGGAAGAAGAUCGAGUAGAUUUCCACCGGUGUCACCUCUAACUACUGCCUCUUCUGAGGCUUCGGCAUUGCCUCCAGAGCAGGUCGCACGUAAUCUACAUCGUGCCUACUUUGAGCACGACCAUCUCUGCUAUCCUUUCCUCCAUCGCGAGACCACGCUAUGCGCAUUGGACCAAGCCUACCAGGAUCCCGCUUUUUUGGAGCAAGACGCCUUUGCCUCCCUUGCGUUUGAUAUGAUCCUCGCUAUAGCCACCGCUAGUGUGCAUAAGUUCAACAUAGAGGCGCUUCCUGAUGCGGAGGCAUAUCAGAUUCGAGCAACACAGAGGCUAAAUGAGGUAAUGCGUGAUGGUGGUAUACAAGCCCUUCAAGCGCUGCUGUUGCUAUGCCAAUAUAGGAUGACAAAUUCGAUCCAGGACACAUCAACAAGUUUAUGGCACAUUGUUGGCGUUGCUUCCCGGAUGUGCUUCGAGCUGGGACUGCAUCGGGAGCAGACUUACCGACUGACCGAGACGACAGACGCCAGCAACAAAACUACAAAUGUAACAAUACUAUGCGAGAUCCGUCGCCGAUGCUUUUGGUGUGUUGUUGCUAUGGAUAGGAUCGUAAGCAUUACUUUGGGAAGGCCCCUUGCCAUACACUUGCAGGAUGUAGAAGUUGCCCUGCCUGACUCUAGUCUUGAUGCUUCCUUGGAUCGGGGCAAUAUAGACUGCGCGCCUUUUUCCCGCACGGCGUUGUUUGUUCACAUCGUCCGUUACCGAAUCAUCUGUGGCGAUAUAUUGUCUGCACUGCACAACACAUCUAGUCGAACAAAAGGCGAUGCGACAUCUGCCUUGGCGGCUAGAGAUAAACUUGCAGAUGAUCUUGGUCAAUGGCACCAUGAGACUGCGACGUUGUCACUUCCAGAAAUUGACCUGUCUAACCCCCUUCUGGGAGGUCAGUCGAGCUACCGUGCCCGGGAAUGGUAUGAGCUAUUGUAUUAUAAUGCCCUCCUCAUGUUGUAUAGACCAUCACCAGCGCUGUCAUUGGCAUCUCCUCAUGACGCGGGCGUACUGCAAACUAUUUUCGUCGCCGCGAAACAGGCCAUCACAUUAUAUUCCCACCUUCACCGCUCUCGGCGUAUUAACUACACCUGGAUAACUCUCCAUUCUGUUUUCAUGGCUGGCCUGUCCUAUGUCUAUGCUGUGGGUAGACAUUUCCGAUCACGCAAGCGCCGGACGCCUGGCAGUACAUCCUCCCUUCUUCAGAGUGAUCCCACCAUAAUCGAAUUAGUGCAUGACUCGAGAGCAUGCUCGAAUGUGUUGGUCGGUAUCUCUGAGCGGUGGAAUGUGACAAAGCAUUGCCAUGAUGUCUUCAACCGCCUAACCGAUGCCAUGCUCGCAGAUGCCAUCGAAUACCACUCCCACAGUGCAGCAGCCCAACCAAAGUCUGAAGCCCUAGGACCUAACGAGCCAUUACUGUCGGUAGAUGUUACAGGAGUCAGCGCCACAUCGAACAUUUCAACCUUUCCAUCCUGGGAUAUAAACGACCCUACGCCGAGCUCGCUGGGCGUUGACUCCGUUUUGCGGGAAUGCUUUGAUGACUUGCGGCGAUUCCAGAUGCUUGAAGGACACGGCGACGAUCCCGUCGGACGGUUAUUUCAUGAU